AUGGCAUUCACUGCCUCUGUUAGCAGCAAAAGUCAAUGUAGUGAACCAGUGUCUGAUGAUGGGAGCAUAUCUGGAAAUGAAUCUGGGUAUGAAGAUCAGUUGCAAGAAGUCUAUGAGAAGCUGUACAAGGAAUGUGUUAAAUUGAGAAAACUCAACAAAGCGCACAUUGAGGAGAUAGACUUCAGCAAACGAGAAAAUGAAGGGCUUCAAGAAAAGCUGGAUGAAAUCCUGAGGUCAGGAAAGCCUCUUGGUGACAAGAGUGGGCUAGGAUAUGAUACAGAGAAAUCUGAUGCAGCUACUACAUCGAAAGUCUCCUAUAAGAAUGGGAGGAAAACUGUGUUUGUUCGUGAGUCAACUACAAAUGAGAAUGCUAACCCAUCUAACAAGGGUAAGAAAUCCUCUCAUUCAGGUGAUAAAAGCCUAUUUAAAAUAGUUGAAGAGUACAAGUGUGGAACAGUAACAUUUAGAGAUGGUGGAAAAGCUGAUAUAAUAGGAAGGGGUGAAAUUGAAAUGCCUAGACUGCCCGUCUCGAGAGAAGUCCUGUUUGUUGAUGGAUUAAAAGCAAAUCUCCUCAGUAUAAGCCAAAUGUGUGACAAUGGUGCAGAAUACAGUUGCAAUAGUGCUAAGAGUGAGGCUACUGACCUCUGGCAUCAAAGACUUGGACAAGUGAAUCACAAAAAUCUGUCUAAGAUUGCCAAGAAAGAGAUGGUGGCAGGAUUGCCUGAGCUAGGUAAAGUAGAGACUCCUGUUUGUGGGUUAUGUCAGUUGGGAAAACAAGUUAGAAUAGCACACGAGAACACAACAGCUAUCCUGACCGAACGUCCAUUAGAGUUGUUGCACAUUGAUCUUAUGGGACCCUCUAGAACUAAGAGCCUGGGGGGAAAGAAAUACAUACUGGUAAUGGUAGAUGAUUUCACCAGAUACUCCUGGGUAGAAUUUCUGAGAGAAAAAGGUGAAGCUCCUAAUGUGAUUAGAACUUUGUGCAAGAAACUUCAAAAUGAGCAAGGGAAAGCAAUAGUCAGAAUUAUGAGUGAUCAUGGAAGAGAGUUUGAAAACUCAAAUCUUGAGAGUUUCUGUGAUGAAGAAGGUAUCAGUCAAGAAUUUUCUACCCCUAUCACUCCACAACAAAAUGGAGUGGUCGAAAGGAAGAACAGAGUUAUUCAAGAAAUGAUACGGGUCAUGAUACACAGUAAAAAUGUACCUACUCACUUCUGGGGAGAAGCUAUGAACACAGCAUGCCAUAUUGUGAAUAGGGUUUAUCCAUGA